AUGAAAUUAUCCGAAAGAAGAAACGAAUCAGGAGCAGCCAUUGUUGCAUUUUUGUUUCUGUAUCUACAAACACUCAGCAAUUCCCUUCCUCUCUCGACGAAAUCCCGAUGGAUAAUCGACGACGAAGGAGGGCAACGAGUGAAGCUAAGGUGCGUGAAUUGGGUGUCGCAUUUGGAGCCAAUGGUUGCAGAAGGUUUGGAGAAGAAGCCCCUGAGGUUCAUAGCGCGGCGGAUUGCGGCGGCGGGGUUCAAUUGCGUGAGGUUCACGUGGCCGACGUUCAUGUUCACGAGAUCGGAGUACAGUCGGCGGACAGUUUUGGAGUCGCUCAGUAAAUACAAUCUCACAGCUGCGAAAGAAGGAAUUGUGAAGAACAAUCCUCAGCUCUUGAACAUGGCGGUAGUCGACGUUCAUAAAGCUGUCGUGAAUGAGCUGGGCAAGAAUAAGGUGAUGGUGGUGCUGGAUAACCACGUCAGCUUUCCGACCUGGUGCUGCGCCGACGCCGACGGUAAUGGCUUCUUCAACGAUCGGUUCUUCGAUCCCCAUGAAUGGCUCCAAGGCUUGUCUGCAGUGGCCACUUCUUACAAGAACAAUCCUUGGGUGGUCGGAAUCAGCUUGAGGAAUGAACUAAGAGGGCCUAAUCAAAACGAGAGUGAUUGGUACAAGUACAUGGAGGAAGGUGCUGAAACAAUUCAUGUAAUAAGCAGAAAUCUUCUUGUGAUCAUCUCAGGACUAUCUUACGCCAAGAACCUUAGCUUCUUGAAGAAGAGACCAAUCAGCUCAACCUACGACAACAAACUAGUGUUCGAAGCACAUUGGUACUCAUUCGGGACAUCAUCCGAGGAUUGGAGUCUCCGAACAAACCAAUUAUGCGCAAGCGAAUCCGCCAGCUCCUUCGACAACUAUCUUUUCUUGAUGUCAGGAGACAACCCAUUCCCUCUUCUCCUCAGCGAAUUUGGAGCCGACCAAAGAGGCAGCAAUGAGGCCGACAACAUGUACAUAGGUUGCUUGAUGGCAACAAUGGCCGAAUACGAUCUUGAUUGGGCUCUAUGGACUUUUCAAGGAAGCUACAUCCUUCGACAAGGAACGGUUAAUUUAGAAGAAGUUUACGGCGUCAUGAAUCUCAAUUGGGAUUCUCUUCGAAGCGCCAAUUUUCUUCAAAGAUUGCAAUAUUUAAUGCAGAUCAAUCAACAAGGGAUGGGAAACUUGCCCUUCAACUACGUAUUGUUCCAUCCCCAAAGCGGUCUAUGCGUGCAAUAUGAACAUGGCGAUAAAAUUACUCUAGGAAGCUGCAAGUUCGCGGCGCAAUGGAAAAAACGACAUGCCAAUGCAGGGCCGAUCUUUCUUGCGCGGAGCGAGCGAUGCUUGGCGGCGAUGGGGGAUGGAGAGGCUGUGAUUCUUUUGAAGGAGUGCUCGACGGAUCAAAGCUUGUGGAGGUCAAUUUCUGCUUCGGGACUUCAUUUAGCUGCCAAAAGUAUCGACGGGAAGAACUUGUGCCUGGAAAUGGAUGAUCGCGACGCUACUUUGGUGGCUCGAAGAUGUCGUUGCGUCGACGAUGAUCUUCGAGAUGUUCCUUCUUGCAAUGACAAUCCGCAGGUGCAAUGGUUUAAGUUUGCACCGACGAAUGUUGUGUGA